UAAUACCUUAUACACUGCAUACACAGACACGGAUACGGACACGGAAUGCCCUAUCUUUACGGGAUCGCGGACACCAAGUUUCUGGUGAAGAAGAGCGUGAUCAAGAAGAAAAAGAAGCUGAACGAAUAUCCGCCCAUCAAGUUCCGGAAUCAUCCCCGGUACGUGGGUCACGUGAAAUUUGAUCGUAAUGCCUGGCCCAUUCAGUUCCGGGUCCAGCCCGAUUCCCUUGUCGAGCUGUGCGUAAAUGUUGUCGACAAAUUGCCCCUGCCAACGGUUUAUGAAUGGAACGACAUGGACAUUCGGCGCUGGAUCAAAAGCUAUGGCUACCCACAGUAUAUGAACACGUUCCGCGUGAACCUGAUCUGGGGCAAGAAGCUGUUGCUGCUGGACGCUAAUGCUUUGGCGGCGAUGAAUAUCAAGAACUUUGAGCACAUCAAGCAUAUUACGUACGGUAUACGGAUGUUGUUUCACUUCGAGCUGGCGAAAUUCUCGCGCAACAUCUCGCUGCCGGAUGAGAAUCCCAACGAGCUCUAUUUGCUGUGGCACACACAAACGGGCGUCAACUAUGAUGCAGUGCGUCGCUCGGAUCUGUUCCGACGCAUGCAGCUGAUACGGGAGCGUGCGCUCAAUCUGGACCAUUGGGACCUGCUCGAGAUGUGGCUGCGCCGCGAGCGUGAACGCAAAUACACGGAACUGAUUGCGCUGGUGCCGCGUCGCCAUAUGUAUCGCUGUCCCCAGGCGCUGGAGGUCGCUGCCAAUCUAGAGUCGCAGAGCCCCGAGGAUCCGAUCUGUCAUGUGUGCAUCCCGCCCUGCGAGUGCCUGUGGCAGGCGCGGGAUACCCGGCUGCCGUGGCGCAUCAAAUGCAUCAAGCCGUCGGCGGUUUCGUUGCCGGCGACGCGCAGCAAAUGGAUCGCCCAUCAGAAUACCUGCGUCCAUUGCAUACCGCCGUGCGAGUGCCGUUGGCCGUCCCGUUAUUAUCUGACCGGCACGGUCAUCAGGUGCCUGCAGCACAAGUUUCCCGAAAAGUUUGCGCCCAUUUUCGAUGAGCGCAUCACGACGGUGGUGCGGCCCAGCCUGGUGGAACGUUGGACGCGCUUCUCGAUUUGACACCGAAUACCGAGUACCGAGCACCGAGUAUCGAGUACAGAGUACUUCGAGUACUUUGCACACUACCCAUCGAGUAUUCGAGUACUUUGCACUCCUCCCGUGGAGUAUUCGAGUACUUUGCACACUACCCAUCGAGUAUUCGAGUAGUUCGUACACCUCCCGUGGAGUAUUCGAGUACUUUGCACACCUCCCUUGGAGUAUUCGAGUACUUUGCACGCUUCCCGUGGAGUAUUCGAGUAGUUUGUACACCUCCCGUGAAGUAUUCGAGUAGUUUGCACACUUCACAUAGAAUACUUUCGAUUGUAGUUCGCGUUGAUUUGUCCCAUUUACUUCCCCAAACAUCAAUAAAACGUAUCUUUAAUUGGAAAA